GGUAGCAGGGUGUGCACAGAACAGUCGGUGGAUGAGGAUGCACAAUCGUGAACAUGUAUGGUAUUUAUUGCAAGAUGUUUCCUUACUCUGUGUGUUGAUGGUUCACUGAGGCACGCCAUCUGUCUCCACUGGAACAAGGGCGGAUCCAGCAUUUUAAAAUGUUAUCCUCUCUCCAGAUAAUUGUAGUGCCUUCAACAUACUACAUUUGGUUUUCAAAAGGGUGUUGUGUGUUUCCGGCCUAUUGGACCCCUUGGACCGUGACGAGCGAACGCUUUAACCACUAGGCUACCCGACCGCCCCAACAGAGGGACAGAUUUGACUUUUCUGAAGUUGAUUCCCUGCUAAAGACACCCCCAUUUGACAGCCGUGGUGGUCGAACGUCUCCCACCUGGGAUGAAUAUCACAGUCUGGAGUACUUUGACAUACUCGAACAGUCUCACAGAAACCCAAAGACUGACUACACAUACGCUCACAGUGGAAGCCAUUAUCCGAAGUAUUCUGGAGAACCGGACAUAAUCCCCAACAUGUCCCGGCACCGGAUCAGCAGCCAUGCCAGCGGCUAUGUGCUUUCCCAGAGCGGCAUGGAGACGCCACCCCCCUACCAUCAGGAGGAGAGGAGGGUCAUGGUGGAUAGAGGUGUUCCGGAGGAGCAGUCAGGAUACAGAGAAGACGUCACUUACAGUGAAGGAAGAAGCAGAUCAAGUUCCUAUUCACGAGUGACCUACAGAACCGAUGGAAUGGUGUUGAGGUCUGGAAGUCGGCUUUCUGGUGUUGGAUCCUAUCUGGAGCGCAACGGCAACCACGCAAUGUCAUCGUCAGCAUCACAAUCAUCAUCACAGUCACUUGCUAGGUCUUUGAAUAGUGAUUUCGAGGUUACAGAGAGAUCAGAACAGCUGCAGCAUUCCACUCCACUCAGUCACCUAUAUGAUAAAAACUCUAGAGAAUCAACAGAUGCUGCCUCCCUCAGCCUGUCAGGGAUAUUUAGUCCCAGAUGGACAAAGACUGUUGUUACAACAGAGACAAUAGAAUACAUAGAUUCUGAGGGGAGGAAAAGGCAGAGGCCAGCCAAGUCAUCGCAAGAUGAGGGAGAGGAGGUGGACUCGGCCAACACUUCAGGAUGGUUCUCGGGGGUGAGGAACUUGAUGGGAGGAUCCCAAACUGAGGAAACCAUUACUCAAAAGGAGAGGUUAAAGGAAUCUCAAUUGGAAGAACAAGAUGUGACAGACAAGGAUGAGCAGAAGAGCAAAAAGGGUUGGUUUGGGAUGUUCCAGUCCAGUACUACAGAGACUACGACAGAGGAAGAAGAAUCAAGGAGACAAGCUCUUGCUGAAUCUGAUUCUGACCUUCAGGGACGCAGGAAGGGUCGGUUUGGGAUAUUUCACUCUUCGGAGACCAUUACAGAGGAAGAAGAGUCAAGGAGACGUGCUCUAGCUGAAUCUGAUUCUGACCUUCAGGGACGCAAGGGAUGGUUUGGGACGUUCCGGUCGUCAGAGACAGUUACAGAGGAAGAAGAAUCAAGGAGACAAGCUCUUGCUGAAUCUGAUUCUGAUCUUAAAGGACACAAGAAGGGAUGGUUUGGGAUGUUUCAGAGGUCCGAGACAACAGAAGAAGAAGAGAUAAGGAAACAAUCUCUUGCUGCUGAAUCGGAUGCUGAUGUUGAAGAAUCUGACUCUGAGGAACAGCCAGGUUGGAAGAACAGAUUCAGAAAUCUUCUGUCCAAGACCACUAAGGAAAAGUGGCAGACAGAGUCGGUGAAAGAGAGUGAUGUGGGUGAGUUCAGGGAUGAUGGAUCUAAGAAGAGGUGGUUUGACUGGAAGAGAACAUCCCUUCCUGAAAACACAGAUGCAGAACAAUCUGAGCCAAAUCAUCAGAGUUCAAACACAGGCUGGUUUGGAUGGUUUGGAUCAAGGAUGGAAAACAGACAGGAUAAUCAAAAUGCAGACAGUCAUGGAGUAGAAGAGGAUGACCAACACCCAGGAUGGUUUGGAUGGAACAGGAUCUCAGAGUCAACCAGUACUGCAGAAACACAGGAUAACAAGGAGGACAACAGUGUUGCUGAAGAUGGAUCAGGAUCACGAGCAGGCUGGUUUAGUUGGACUGCCCGGCCAGCAGCUUCAAAUGACCUUCAACAACCUGGCGAUGAUGAUGUUGACAGCAGCUCAAAAUCAAGACUCUUCUCAUGGCUGAGCAGAUCUGAUGAAGAAAAGCUUAAAGAAGAUCAAAAUGAAAAGGAAGGCGAUGAAAGUAAAAGGUCAGGCUGGUUCGGCUGGCUUGGUCGUUCAUCUACUGAAGAGACAGACAUUCCUGAAGGCUCAAGAAACAGAAAGGGUGGAUUGAGAAAAGCCAGGAGGAGAUCAAAGGGUCACAAAGUUACAUUUAGUCUGGAUUCUGAAGAGGAUACAGAAGGUGAUGUUCCAGUCAAGCCGAAGAGGUCCUCCACCUCCACACUGACCAGUGGAAGUUGGACAUCACGGAGCAGUGGGAGCAGCUACUCCUCGCAACUGUCAGACGGCAAGUCACGGACAUGGAUGCAGCUGCUAUUAACAGCAAUAACCACCAUUUCAUCAUUUGUGUCAGGUUUGUUGAGUCCUGUCACAAACAGUUAUGCAUAUCGUCAAACGAAGAUCACAAUAUGGAGAUGGCUCCGGAUAGCAGACAUGUGGGUUGUAUCAAGGAGUGUUGGAGGUUGCUGCUGUCUUUGUCUGCCUCUGCUGUUGUUGCUGCCGCUGUUGUUAGGAUAUAUGUAUGGAGGAGAACUACUGGAACAAGCCAGGUCAUCAAUCAAGUCUUUCAACCUGCUGCAAGUGAACAAUACAUAUACGCGGCCGUUGCCCUAUGUUGAUCCAAGUACAAUUAAUAUCAAGAUACAGCAGUUUUUUGAGGAGCACAAACACAAAUAUGAGACAAAUCAGCUGACGGCAGCUGAUGUGGAGAAGAUAGCGCAGGGUCUGAUUGCCAAGGAGCUGGAGGACAUGAAGCUGGCCUUGCUGCAGAACAUCAACCAGGUGAAGGCAGACCAGGUGUCGUCCCAAACCAACCAGCGAACCUCAUUCUCUAGUAUGGAUAAGAAACUAGGAGACUUCAUGAAGAAGUAUGAGUCUCUGGAGGCUGCCAUAGCUGCUCUUCAGUCAUCUGGGAAUGUGAAGGUUGACGGACUGAAGCAGGACUAUGACGAACAGAUCAGGAUCUUACAGCAGCAGAUCAAGGCUCUGGGAGAUGACUUCUCCAACCUCCAACUCUCACAUCUAGAACUCCUGGCCAGUGUACGCAACUGCUGUCGGAAUGACAGCUUUUACGCUCUUGCUGUGAGGCAACAUGUGAAGGACAUCUUUGCACAGAUGAUGGCCGGAGGAGCAGGGGGGUCUGGCAGUGAUGAUGGCUAUGGUGCAUUCCUCCACUGGCUGCAGAGCAACUACGCCAAGAAGGAAGACAUGGACAAGGAGCUGGCCAAAGUAUCAGAGGACAUCACACAGAGAAUACUGACCAUUACCAAGGAACAGGCCUCCAAUGUCUACAUCCAGUCCGACACAAAACAAGGUCCUGCUGCUGCUAUCAGUGAAGAUUACAUCCGAUGGAUAGUAGACGAUGCAUUGCUGAAGUUCAGUGCUGAUCAAGUAGGAAUGGCCGACUAUGCUUUGGAGUCAGCUGGUGGGAGUGUGGUCAGUGUCCGAUGCUCCGAGACUUACUACAGGAAGACCGCUCUCGUCAGUGUGUUUGGUAUCCCAUUGUGGUACACCACAAACUCUGCACGUACAGUCAUUCAGCCUGAUGUUCAUCCUGGUCAGUGUUGGGCAUUCAAGGGUGCAAGGGGUUUCUUGGUGAUACAGCUGGCAUUUCCCAUCAAGCCCUCAGGGUUCACCCUGGAACAUAUCCCCAAGGCUCUCUCUCCCACAGGCAACAUUGACAGUGCCCCCAGAGAGUUUGGUGUAUAUGGUUUGAGCAGUGAGACAGACAAGGUGGGUGUGUCUCUUGGAAACUACACCUACAGUGACAGUGGGAAGCCUAUUCAGUACUUCCCUAUUCAGGCCACAACAGGGGAGUUUUUCUCAUUUGUUGAACUGAAAAUACUUGGAAACCAUGGCAACCCAGAGUAUACAUGUUUGUACAGAUUCCGAGUCCAUGGAUUGCCAUACAAAGAUUCCUGAUUAUCAAGCAAUGUGCUUAGUGAUAUGGAAGUGCUAAGAGGGACAUGUACAUGUAUUCUCACAGAUCAACAUAUUAACAGACAUUGAUGUUUCAAGAUAAAUCUACUGACAGAUGGCAGUGAGCCCAAAACCUACAAAACAAGAUGGCUUCCUGUUUGUGAUAAAAUAGUGUGACUUGCUAUAACAGAAUGUCAUAAAGUGAAAGAGCAAUUCUGUCCACUGAACUCAUUGACUCCAAGCCUAUGUUGAAUAAUGAUAUUGACCAAUGGUGCAUUUAUUAUCUUGUCAAGGGUAACACGUUCAAAACAUCUGUCCUUGUGUACAGUGUUUCUAUUUCAAAGAUAUGUUAUAAUGUGUUUUAGGUGCUACAUGUUGUGUUACAGUGAUUGGCCCUACGUACACCAUUACAUAGUCACCUGUAGUCACUAACUUCCUAUAUUGUAUUUAUACAUGCUUACAGAAAUAUUGAUGUGUAUCAAGGCCUACACUAGAAGCAAUAUAUCAAAUCUUGUGCCAAUGCUGGGAUAUAAUGCCGAUCCUUUACUGGCGAAAGGUUGUUUAGGGUUGUUUUAUACAUAACAAUAUAUACUGGAAUUACUGUCAGUUCUUGUUGUUGUAUCAUCCUAAAGUAAUUUUUUCUUGAUCAGUGUAAUUUUUCCCAUAUUUUUUUUCAUUUGAAGACUUUCAAGCCAUGCAACAACAACCUGUACAGUGAUCUAACAUUCCCCACGUGAAAUUAAAUUGCAAUCGUCAUUUCUCGGGUAAAAGGAGAAACAUGUGUCCAGUCUUCUUAGAGCAUGAUCCACAUUUCCACCUUUAUACAUUAAUCUAGUCCUAAAACUAGCUAACUUAGAUAGCUAACUUUCAUAUAUUAAUUCAAUUUCAUCACCUUCCUCUCAGAAUAUGAGAAGACAUCUGCAAUUCACAUGUACAUAGUUGUUCACUGUUAGGUUGUGUGGCAGAAGAAAUAAGAAUGUACCGCAAGAAUGGAAAUGUUUCCUUUGUGAGAAUGUGUUUUUAGUUUGUGAAUGAUUCAUAACCAAUAAUUGAGGGCUAAAUCUCAUCAGACUGUAUGGUGCUAUUGAUUGGUUGUGAGGAAACUGUAGUCAUGACAAAGCAGUAAUGACCUCAUUUCAUGUUACCAGUUAACAUAGGUGCCAUUAUUCUUCGAGAACAUAUUCUGCGCCAAAGCUGCAAUGGGUACAAUGUUGUAUUGUACACAAUACUGGGAUGUUUCAAAAUAAGGGUUCCAUUUAUUUGGAUUUUACUGGACUAAAUAUCACAUACUUGAUCAAAACCACCUCUCCAUAAUUUGUUGCAAAAAGUCACUUAGCAAUCCGGGUAAACAUGUUAUCUGAAACUUCAGGAUGGUAUUGGGAACACUAUCUGAUACCAGUAUUAUUUUUGUUAUUUUGGAAGAAUAUUCAAGACAUAUCUGAUGUCAAAAUGUCAUCAUCAAUCAUGCCUUUGAUCAUCUUAACCUUGUAUGAAUGAGUUUUGUGGAUAGAUAUGUAAUAUCUUCACCAUGUUGUAAAAUCAAUAUUCAGAAAAGGCAGCAACCGGUGUGUAAAUACUUGUCUUGUAAAUACAUCAUGUUAGUUAGCUGUUUGCUGAUUGUUGUACAUAUAUAUCUAUCUAUCAUGUAGAUGCCAGUAGUUCUCUGCUUGAAACAGUAGAGUAGGCCUUUACUUUGUGAUCUCUUAACUUUAUUGGAGUAAUUUUAUAGUUUUAUUCAGAUUGUGAUUCAUUUAUGUGCUGUGUACUACUUCUUGUCUUUCUUUAUCAGUUGAGUUGAGUCUUUAACUUUGAAUGGGCAUUAACUGAUGUAGCUAAUCUGUUUACAUCUAUAUGGAAACGAAGCUUCUAUUGGUUCUGGCAUUACAGCCACUGAUAAAUCUAUUUCUCUACAGGAUUGCAUCAGGGAUUUUCCUUGAAAAAAAACAUCUCUUGACAUGCUUAAGAUACUUAAAAAUUCUUUAAGCAUCAUCUAUUUAACUUUUUUUUUUGUGUGGUUGGUCUAUAGAAGAAAUAAGAUUGAACCAUUAAUGAAUAACACCCUCCAGUUGCAACCCUGUCAAUAUGGCGUUGGUGUAGUGACUACUUAACCAACCAUUGUAUGAUACCAAAUGAAGGACAAUGAUGUAAUUUGACGAUUGAAUGUCUGUAAUGAAAUAGAAUAUGUUUGAUAAAUAGUUAAGUUGCUGAGGGUUGUUUGUUUUCAUGUGAAAGUGCGGCGAUCCUGUGAGUUAGAAUAACAUUUUGCAAGUUUCUAUCAAAAUUGGAAUCAUGUAUAAUGUUAGUUGCAAUGGAAUGUCAAGGAGAGUUGUAAUACUAUUUACAUGGACAUUCACCACCAGCACAGUUAAAAUUGGUAUCCAUUUUACUGUCAUCCUACAGAUGUACCAAAACCCAAACUAUUUCACUGAACCUUAAUAAGCAAUCUUGUUAUGUUAGUGCCAGUCUUAAAUAGGACAUGUUUUCAAGGGUAUGUCUGUUUUACUUAUGUGAAUUUUAGCUAUAUCUUUUAAUACCCAAGGGCUAAGCCCUGCUUAGUUGUUAUCAUAUUUAUUCAUAUAUUGCAGUCAUUAACCGUUGUUAGUUUGUUUAUCUAAUAUAUUAUUCCAUGGCUGUAACUGUUCAAUUCAUCACAAUUGUUAUCAUUAUGGCAUGUCUGGUUAACGUCUUGGUAACAAUUGUCCACACCCAAGAAUACUACCAUUGAUUCAUUUGCAUGUAUUUCAUGCUUUAUAAGCAUAUCCUUUAAAUGUGAAAUAUCAGCUUAUUUUGAUAUGAAUUAAUACACCUUUGGCUGAUACACACAGAACAUCAGUAUCAAGAAUUGUAUGAUUAAAAUGACAUUUUGAGGACAUCGAACAAUCAACAUGUGCCAUGAACCUUUGAGUCUACUAGCCUGAACUUGGUUAUCAUAUAGACUAAUAUCAUUAAGCUUACUAGACCAGGGCUUCAGAGAAGUGACUAAAGUUACUGACUGAGACAGUAGAUAACUGCUUACUUGGCAAAGUUAUGGCCAUCACAAAGUGAGCCUGUGAUCCUUGAUAUUCGAUCAAUACUCAUGGGAAACUCUUCUUUUGUUUAUGUGUAUGCAUAUUUCAUAUUUUAGUUUCUACUAACUGCAUUUUAUCACUUCUUCAAUAUUCAUUGAGGAUUGAUUUUAUGAAAAUACACCAAUAGAAAACCACAUUUGUUAUCAAGAUGAGAUAUGCUAACACCAUGCAGUGUAUGUUAAUAGAAUACCAACAUGGUUAUCAGCUAAGAUAAGAACAUGUUCAAUAUUUCUUCAUCCCUUACAAGAUGUCCAAAUAUAUUUUGUGGCAUUUCUUUUAGCUAUUUAAUGUCGGUGUCUCAGUGAGAUGUGUAUGUUUUAUUAUUUAUAUUGACAAGUUAGAAUUAAAAUCUCUGAUAUUCAUACAGUUCAGGUAAGAAAAGUUAAGUAGUGAGAGUUAUUCCACUUUUAAGUAGAUAUGAAAUUUCAACACGGUUUGUCUAUUCUCUUGCCAACUAUGUCAUUGCAAUAAAAUCAUUUCCAUCCUAAA